UCAGGAGCCAUUUUGAUUCUGGACGCGACGAAAGACACUCAACGUUCAGAUGAAUCGGAAUCAAAGAAAUCAUUCCAACUUUCGUGGGAAUCGUGGUGGCGACAGGGAUGGAGGGAUUGAUUUUAAUAGACAAGGGCUGCUUGGAGAACCACCAGGGAUAGGGGGAAUGAAUAGUCCUCCAAUGACAGGUGGACUAGGCCUAUUGGGGAGUGCUCCAGGACAGGGAAUGCCAGCAGGGAAUCUCUCUGGGCCAUUAGGAGCAGGAAUGAACCAAAAUAUGUUUGGUGGAAUGGGAGGAAUGGGGCCACAGAUGGGGUUGGGUCAAGGAGGAAUGGGACACCAACACCAGGGAAGAGGAGGAAUGGGACAGACACACAACCAAACUGACAUGAACCGUGGCGGCCAAGGCGGUAUGAACAAUGGGGGAGGUAACCAGGGUAUGAUGGGUAUGCAGCAACAGAUGGCAGCAGCAGCAAUGAGGGACUCACAGCUCCAACUGGUCAGUAAUCUCAUACAGCAACAAGGAGGCAUGUCCUCAUCAUUGAUGGGUAGUCCUAACCAGGGUGGAGUUAUGUCUGGGGGCCAUGGCAUGGGAAGUGGAGCUGGCUUGAUGGGCAUGGGUGGUAUAGGCAUCAACGAGAUAGAUCGGAACUCAGAACGAAGAAACAGUGGUGGAAACAGUAUCCCAUCACUGUUUGACAUCAACACCAAAAAGACAGGACUGCUUGGAAAAAGAGGAAACAACAACAGUAGAGAUCGUGAGAGUCGCUUUUCUAACAACCAGAAUAGUAACAAACGGAUGAGACAGAACAGUCAGGGGCUAUCCCCUCGAGGCUAUCACCAAAACCGUCAAGGUCAUCAAUAUCGUCAGAGUCGCUGGAGCGAUCGCAGCCCCACCCGAGCUGGCGGUGUCCGCCCGAGAGAGCGAGAUUUCCGACGUCCGUCAAGCAGGGACUCAAAAUACUCUGACCGUUCCCCGAACUCCCGCACUUCGCGGGACAGGCGGGAAUCAGGAUCAUCGAGAAAGGAGGAGUCUGAGGAGUAUGAUCCCGCUCAGCCAACAGAAGAGGAUGACGAGCUUGAAGUUCCACCACUGGAGAGUGACCCAGAGGAUGUCCUGAUACCUGAGGUAACCGUUCAGCUGGACCAUGAUGACAAACAGUCCAAAGAGGAAGAUGUGGAUGAAUCUAUGGAAGAGGACACCAAGUCUCCAGGAUUAGCAGAGGGUGGUGACUCCAGCCUUACUAUCACACUCAGCGGGUCGGGACGCUCUGUAAAUGAUACCAACACAGAGAAGACUGAUGAUACCACUCCAACGAAAAAAUCCAGUUACUACUGCCAUGCCUGUGGAGUAGAAUGUCGUACAGAGGAGGGGUUUGCCAAACAUAUGAAUGGAAAGAAGCACAAGGUGAGGAUGGAAAGUCUACUUACUUUGCAUCAGGAGAAGUCAAAGCAGUUUGAGGCACGAAUCAAAGCUGAGGAGCACCUGCGAAAGAUUGAGGGGAAGCCUAGGAAUGAAAGACGCAGCAGUGGUGGAGAUGGUGGCCGGUAUCAGCACUUUUCUGGGCGAUACUCCAGAGAGAACUUUGGUAACACUCCACCUUCUGGUCACUUCCGACACCCAGGACCCACCCACAUGACCCAUUCAGGUCAACGACGUGGCAACCAAGGAAGCUCGGGUGGGGCGUGGUUAAGAAAGAAUCUUCGUGAUCGUGCAAGGAAGUCAAGUCGAGAAGAAGAUGAGGACAACGGUUUCCCAGAUUUUGGUGACAUGGUCACUGUUGAUACUAUUGGAUUUGAAGAUGAUUAUUUAUCACAGGAUGAUGAACAGGAUGUGUCGGACCGAAACCAGGCAGAGUGCUCAGAUAAGGAUGACAAAUUGGAUAUUGCUCAUACAAAACAAGUCUAUGACCCAGAGACAGCUGUUGGUCAGAAGUACAUAAUACCAGUCUCUGGAUUCUUCUGUAAACUCUGUCAUCGAUUCUAUAACAGUGAAUCAGCUGCCAAAAUUAGCCAUUGCCAAUCAGAGUCACACUUUAACAAUUACCAGAAAGCUGUGUUAAAUAAAGCACUCAAUAAAAACAGGAAAAUUCUAACAAAGGAUCAGGCAAAACAAAAAUCAAAGGAAUCUGGAGAAAAUCCUGAUGACCCAUCAGAAAACCAAGAAAGCAGCCAAGCAGAAUGUAGACAGGAAACGAAUGAUACACAAGAUAGUUGUAAAGAGGAAUUGGGCACAGCAAAAACCACACAGAGUAAUGGUGAUAUCAAUACUGAUGUGAUAGGCCAGUCAUGUGGCUCUGUUAUGAAGACAGAAGCCAACAAUACAUCAGAAAUAGAUCCGGAUACAGAGGUAAAAUUAUUGGAGCAUUCAAGUGAAGCAGGAAGUCCUGAUGUGCCAGAUGAAGAUGGCUUACUUGAGGAGGAAAUGGAGGAGGGAGUGGAAGAGGAAAUUGAGACAGAGGAGCCAAAAUCAGAACCUGUCAUUACUAAAGUCGAUCAAAAAGGAAGGGGUGGAGGUCGGGGUCGGACAAGGCGAGGCAGACGAGGAAAAAACUGAUGGUCGGGGCAGUUUUAAAUUCGAUUGCAAAUUAAGAAUUUUGAAAGUCAGAUAUCCAGAUAUAUGUGUAAGAAUCUAAAACUAAAAUGUGGAUGUGAUCUGUUGAAAGACCAUAAGAAAGUUUUUGAUACUAUCAUUAUUACAUCUGGGUUUAUGAUCGAUUAAAUCUUUCAUUGGGGGAUUACUUUUUGAUAUUAAGUACUGUAACUUUUUGUUAUGGUGUUUGUUAAGACUUACGGCAGCCAUGAUAAUGACCUGGAGUGAUAGGGUAUCACUGAUGUGGUAAGAAUUCCUUUGGUAUAAUGUAUUUAUAUUAUACUACAUAUUUCUGUAAUGUAGCAGUACAUUAUAUAUAUAUGAUUAAUCCCAAGAUAAAAUUGCUACUGAACACUCAAUGUUACAAGGUUGGUGUAUGGAAAUCUGAUGGUGAUUGGUUGCACAAAAUAUUUUAUAAAUGAUUUUCACUGUGAAAUGGAGGAAAAUAUCCAUGGUUUGUAAUAUGUUUUGACCACCAGGUUUUGUUAAAGUCUUGAUAUUUUUGGUACUUUUAACUGUAACUUGCCCUGUAAAUUUACUUGUAGUUGUUGUGGAAACUUUUCUGGAGAAUUAUCUUUUUUUAAGUGUAAUUUUCUUUAAAAUUUUCAUUGAAUUGUAGAUGGCACAAGUACUUGUUCUGUGUAUUAAAAAAUAAAUGAUCAGAAUAAUGGACCAAAGGUGCCAUAGAUUGGAGAAAGCUUCAUUACAAAAAUACUGCCAAUUUACAUAUCCAUAAAUGUGUAAUUUUUUGUUCUUGCCAUUUUGAAAAUAUUGCCACCAUUAUAUAUGUUGUAUAAUUUUGAUAUCUCAGCCAAUAAACAAUGCCCUGUAUUUGUAUUUGAAUUGUAUAUUUUUAUCAUGAAAUGAAAUUAUGUUCAUGUUAUGUUACAAAUGAGAUUGACCUAGCAGAAGGCAUAUAAUUGCAUCAUCUUUUUCAGAUCUUUUAACUUCUAAUUUUUGUCCGAAUCUUUCAAAAAUCUUGUCUAAAAUCUUCAGAUAAUCUUGGUGGACAUCAAGUGGUUAGUUUUGUUAUGAGUGUUUAUCUAAUCAUUAUCAUUACCGGUGAAUCAAGUGGGAAAAAGUGAUUCUCAAGAGUUGAUUUGAUGUACAUUUGUAUUUCAACAAUUGUCCCCAUAAUGUCUGUUUAAAAACUCCAUUUAAAAGAUAUAGCUAGCUAUUUCUUUAAUAUGUGUAGUACAAUAUUUUUCUGUCCUAACUUCAAAAUGCAUUUAAAGUAUGUAUAUCUUUUCCUUAAAGUAGUUACAACAGGUCACAUUUUAAAUGAUUUCUGUGUUUAUACUUAUUUUACUUGGUUAACAGUUAAUUAUGUUUUUAAAGCAUGUUGUGAUUAUGAUUUGAUUUAGAAUGGUUUUACAAUUGGUGUAAUUCAGUAGAUAGUGGAAGUAAUUACUCUUCAAGAGAGCGUAUCCACUCUAAGCUUAAACAAUGUAUAAAAUGGAUUGAUGUUAUUGUAUCACUUGAAGAUUUGAUUUUGAAAGUUUUAUUGUUGAUGGUUAUAGUCAAUGUUUGUAUUUAUUUGGUGGAAUUUUUUAGUUAGAUUAGUUUACAGUCUAGACUGUCUUGUGUCAAACACGGGGUCCUGAAAGACGGUCUGGGAUUUUUGACGGGGUGGUCAUGAUGGUAAUAGAUCCAUAUAUAAUGAAGAUGACUAACAUAUAUGCUAUCUUUUAAAUGAUAUUUUUUUAAAAUACAUGUAUCAAGAAGAAAUAAAAAUACACAUUUUUUCAUCAUUACCAUUAAAAUAAGUUAAAUGAGGUAUGUAGAACUACCUAAACUGGAUAACUUUCUCUGCUCAUUGUUCCAUAUAUAAUGUUGUUUCGAGCCUUGAAGCUUUGGAGCCAUCUUUUAAAACUUGAAAAUCAUCAUUUUGCAAACUUUGGUGGUCCUGUCAAAUUAAUACUUCUUUAGUUGGCUUCAUGAACCCAAGCUAGUGUUAAUUCAUUUACGUCCUCAUUACCGGUGUUAUGACGGCAGCAUUUUGAAUUUCCUGGAACAUUGUUCUCAUAGUCACUGAGCAACUCUUAACUUCCUCUUAUGAAGAUUUUGCACUUGAGCCUAACUGACACUUAACUGUUCUGCGAUUUUGUAUACGACAACAACCCGAUCCAGCUAUUUAAUAGUGUCAGUUCUCUGUCACAGUUAAUAUCACUUUUUUUUUUCUUCUUGUCCGCCAUGUUUGUUCACUCAUUUCUUCAGGUGAUUAAAUCUCGAGAUAUUAAAUUCUUGUCAUGGCCUCACUUAUGCAAUUAAAUUUUAUUUACUCAAUUGUUGAUAAAAAAUUAUUGAAAUAGGAAGCUCAAGUAAUGUGCAGAAGUUACAAUACCUGUUUUUCAUUAAGUCUGACAUCUGUUAGUAGUAUAAAUAGUUUAAAAGCUUGAGGAGUAUGGUACUUUGACUGUCAGUUUGAUAGGUGUGGGAACUGAGAUUAUCACAGAUUGUAUUGCUUACAGUGUGGUGUGUCCAUGAGGGAUGAGAAUCGGGGAAGGUGUCAAAGUCGCUUAAGACCUGGACUGUAAAAACAUGACUGGGAGUUACUGAAUACAGACUGACUGAAUAGCAAACAGCAUUUGGAGGUGGAAGGUAUGGUCGAAUAAGGGAUGGAGUCGUUUAAUACAGGGGUCACUCAGGCAGUCUAGACUGUAGUUGUGAUUUAUUUGCUUGGGAGAAUCAAAUUAUAAUAACUGCAGAGUCAUUAAUUAGAUGUGAGCACAUUUGUCUGUUCUACAUGAUACUUGUGAUAGCAUUAUUGUGUAUUUAAUGUACAUGACCCUAAAUCAAACAUUAAUUUAUGUAUUGUCAUUAGUGCUGUUUUUAUACAUAUAGAAACCAUACUUUGAGUGUUACUGUUUUCUAUAUGUUCCAUCUUACCUUUACACCUUGCUUUAUAUUCCAUGUCACAAACAUUGUCCUUAUAUAUAUUUGUGUGUAUAUUGACAACUUUACUUGUGUGGUGAAUUUGAUAUGUGUGAUGGUUUCAGAAACAAUGAAACUUGCCAAGAGUAGGUCAUGGAAUUGUUGUAUUAGCCAACAUUGACUACCUGUUUGAAGGUUACAAAUGUACCCAAAGAUUCCAUUUUACUAAUGAUGCAUGUGUAGAAGUAUAUUUUAGAGAAUUUUUUUUCUCACUUCACUUGCAAUACUCAAAAGUUCUUGCAGUAUUCAAUUUAAUUUUGAAGUUUUAAUUGAGUAGAACUCGAGAAAGAUUACAUUACAUUUUAUAGAGGUGUGGACGCAUACAAAAUAUAGACACUGGUUGAACAGUAAAAGGAUACUGUUGUAUAGACUUUGUUUCUUUUUUGUAUUACUGUAAAUGUUAAAGCAGCAUCACGAUAAAAUGAUUUUUAUUUACAAAACUUUUUAUGAUUACAUUGCAUUAUUCCAUAUUGUUAUAUAGAGUUUAUAGCCCUAAGAACAAAGUCAGCGGUUUUUGCUGAAAUAUGCCCAUAAAGAUUUUAAUAAAUAAAUAUAAAACGAAAAUCUCUCACUGUUGAUCAACACACGCAAAGAGCAUGUCACCUGUAAACAAAGUCUACCUGUAUGAAUAAGCCACGGUAGAAAGAGGUUGCAGUAUCAGCCCCUCAGUGAAAGAAGGUUAAAGUGUUAAUCCUGAUUUUCACUAGGGAAGCAACAUCUCCGACAUGAAUUAUUUGGGCAUGUUUUUAAUUAGAAAAACAGAGGUUUAUAUACUGUCUCAGUACUGUCAUGGUCAUUUGUCUCCACCAUCAUGUGUUCACGUUUUCAGAUGAAUUGCCUUGCUUUCAAAAAUUCACAUAUCAGAUUAGUUUUCCCAAUAAGAUUAGUGAUCAAGCUAGACAUAGAAAAUCAAGUGUGAAUAUUGAGAUAGAAUAGAAAUGGAAGUGUAUAAAACAGGUACAAUCAAUAAAAAAGGGUGAAAAAAAGUUUUUUUUACCGUGAUGGUGCUUUAACCAUUUCUGAUAGUUUGAUUAUUCAUGAGACAUGUCUGUUAUUGCUGCCUCAAAUUUAAAUGUGUGGAUUACCUAGAUGACUACUUGAUACAUUGUUGGUAUGUACAGAGUUCAACAAUCAUUGUCUAGUGCAUAGUAAGACUCCUUCUCUGUCCAUUUGUCUGCCCAUCAACCUAUAGCUAAUGCUGCACAGUAUAACCGAAGAAAAAAGAUGGUUUUUGAUAUAAAUCACUUUUUAUACUGAUGACACAAUCUGUAUUACAAUGUAUUUGUUCAUGAUCUAAAAAAAAAAGCUUAUGACACAAUUGAGGAAAUGAAGGAUACUAGCACUUGUAGUGUGUGGAAUGAGGGAAUUACUCUCUGCACUACUUUGUCAGUCUGAAACCUUGUAAUUGAAGGCUUUAAGUAUAAUGUAUAAGUAUAAAACAGCCUAAAGUCCUCUAGGUGGAAGUUCAAUAAUGUCAGAAAACACUCCUGUCCUGUAAAAUCAAAGUCCUGCAGGUGGGGGCUCAGUACUUUCAGUAAAAUACUGUCUAAAGGCCUGUAGCUGAAGGUUCAGAAAUGACAGUAAAACACAGUCUGAAGGCAUAUAGUUGAUGGCUCAGUACUGUCAAUAAAACACUUUCUGAAGGCCUAUUGAUGAAGGCUCAGUGCUAUUAAUAAAACACAUUUUGAAGGCAUAUAGGUGAAGGUUAAGUCUUGUCAGUUUAAACAAUGUGAAGGCCUGUAAGUGAGGACUUCGUAAUGUUAGUAAAACAAUCUGAAGGCCUAUAGGUGAGGACUCGGUGUACUUUUGAAGGCUUAUAAGUGAGGGCUUCAUAUUGUCAUUCAAGCACAUUCCGAAGGAUUACAGAAAACACAAUUUGCCUGAAUGCCUAUAUAUGAAGGCUCAGUACUUAAAGUAAAAGAUCAAAUGUGUUUGUUGUUCAUUUGUGAAAUGUCAGUCAGAAGUCCUACAGAUCAGCAGUAUUCAACAAACUUUAUACAUUGGUCCAGUCCCAUAUGUUGCUAAGUGAAUUUCUCCUUACAGUGUGAAUCUGCAUUGUUUUUUUCCCUGAAUGCGAGUCUUUUCUGAAAAGCUUUAGAAUACUGUGAAAAGAAUUUUCAAUAAUAUAUAAAAAUUGUAAAAGAAAAUAAUAAUGUUUCAUCAAAUUACUUAUCAAAUGAUAUUAUUCAAAAGAAAUCCAGAAUGAUUGUUUGUAGAUCAUGAUCAUAUUCAGGACAUUGUCACAGCACAUAGUAAAAACAUGCUCUUGGUGGAGUGUUGUCAUCAAUGGUUUCAGUUGGUAAUAAGAGACCAACAGAAACUGUAUCAUUAUAUAUAUUUUUUCCCUAUUUAAUAGGAUAGAAUUACCUCUAAUCAAGUGAAAUCAAUAUAUGAAGUAAAUAUAUUGCGAGUUUUGAGCAUAGAAAAGCAGAAAAAGGUUGUAAUAUUUAAUUCAUAGAUCCAGUAUAUUGCAUAUUGAUAACCAGAAAUAUUAUUGUGAAGUUCUACAUUUUCAUAGUGUUCAAAUUCCAUAGUGUUCAAAUUCCAAAAACAGCAUUUGGUGUGUGCUUGAUUUCGUAGAUAGGUAUCAUAUUACUAAAGAAAUCCACUAAUCCUAAAUUCAUGUCAAGUUUAUGACUUCCUGGAUUAAGGGUAUACCCACGAAAUUGAUGGAAAUCAAACAGAAAUUAAUGAUAUCACAGUGAAACAAUGUUGGCAUAAAAGUGGGGAGGUAACAUUAUUGUAAUAGUAUCACAUUGUUUAAUGUUGACAGGAGUAUAGAUAUGACACAAUAGUUCCAUGUUCAAGAUAUACAAAUAUUCAUUCUGAUUACAAAUGGAUGGUCCAAAAAAGCAUUUCAUAUUUGGAAAAUAAAUCUGUUAUUUUCAAUAAAGAUAUAAUUAUU